AUGAUGAUGAAGCUCGGUGGACUUAUCUUGGGCACUCUUGUAGCAACAAGUGCAGCACAUCCCCAGAAUAUUCCUGCAGCUAGUGUCCAUGCACGCAGUGUGACUUCUCCUGCUGUCGUCACAGCCGCAGGCACCACAGCUACCACUGCCACAUCAACUUCCACUUCCUCGACUUGCACGGCCGGUGACACCUCUACCACCGAUGGCGUGCAGGCAAUUCUCGAUUCUACCGGUGCCAUCGACUGGUUAGAUAUAAUGUUCGACAGCAUGCCAAAUGGUGAAAGCGACUGGGUCAACUCCCUCUGGGAAAUUGUUUUCCCUGACGAAGGCACAUCUCCCUUGACUGGCUGCGGAGACAUUGGUAGUGACUGUGAUCCAUCCUCCAUGUGUUCAGCAUAUUCCUCUCAAAUGGCAUACUGGGUCUUUCGAUCAGUUUCCAUCCUGCACAGCAAAGUCAAUGUUGUCCAUGACAAGCUUCUUUGGACUGGCUGGCUAGCUGGGUUGUCGAUCGACCAGAUCGCCAAGGACUUUUCUUCUGUCUCUCCUGAUCAAACAUGGGCGAAGUGGAUUUCUGCAGCUUUCAGUAUGGCAGGCGGGAUUGCGACCGGUAUUGAUUUGAGCAAACCUCUUCGUGGAAUGGUCGGAUUCGCUGCUGCUGGAUUGACAGACGUUAGUCUGACCAACACCGGAGGUGAUAGUGUUGAUGUAACCUCAGUGGAGAACACGCUGAAGAAUAUCGUUGGUGCCGCGGGGAACUAUGUCUCCAGUAUCCUGCAGAAUGCGACUGGAAAUGGCGACUCUACGACACUUCCAAUCUAUACAUAUACUACUUAUGAGCAUGGCACUUCCCGAUUUUUCGCAGACAGCACAAUCUUGGUUGAUGAGAAUAAGGACAAUUCAUCCUUCACGGCGGCCUACGACAACUUUGCGGAUAACAUCGAGAAAAAGCUAGUCGAUGUCGCAAUGAAGACGGCUUGGCCAGAAAAUGAUCACGACUGCAGUGAUGGCGACCCCUCGACGUGUGUUUCUGAUGCCUGGCAAACCCCGUACAAUGCCAACAACCAGAUGGAUACCGGUGUCUAUACCAAACUGACAGACACAUAUGGCUUCGACUUGAAGGCUUACUAUACCUCAUUGAUCGAUUGCUAUCUCAAUGGGAACGAUGAGGUUGACGUGACGGUUACCACGAACAAUGGGCAAAUUCCGCGGUGCUUCUACAGCGGAUAUGUUAGAAGUGGAUACUGGUACGACGACGGAACACUUAUGUUAAAUCUAUUCUUCAACGAUUUCUGA